AUGGUAUCUAAAAACAUCAACCCAGAUGUUUAUACCUUUAAUAUAUUGAUCGAUGCGUUAUGUAAGGAAGAAAAGAUGAAUGAAGCUAAAAGUGUGUUAGCUAUGAUGAUGAAACAAGGCAUGAAACCUGAUGUAGUUACUUAUAGUACUUUAAUGGAUGGGUUCUGCCUUCGUAAUGAAGUGAGCAAGGCCAAAUAUAUAUUCAACACUAUGGUCCAAAGGGGAAUGAUGCCCAAUGUUAAGAGCUACAAUAUUAUGAACAAUGGGUUCUGUAAGAGUAAAAUGGUGGAUGAAGCCAUCAAUCUCUUUGAAGAAAUGCAUUUCAAAAAUAUGUUUCCUGAUACGGUAACUUACAACACUCUUAUUGAUGGUUUGUGCAAAUCAGGGAGAAUUUCGUAUGCUUGGGAGCUUAUUGACGACAUGAGUGACAGUGGUCAACCACCCAAUGUAUUCACUUACAAUUCCUUCUUGCACAGUUUAUGCAAAAAGCAGCAUCUUGACAAGCCAAUUGCAUUAGUCAUGAAAAUUAAAGACCAGGGUAUCGUACCAAACUUGUACACGUACAAUAUACUAAUUGAUGGACUAUGCAAAGGUGGAAGACUUAUUAAGGAUGCACAAGUUUUUCAUGAUCUUUUGAGUAAAGAAUACAAUAUUAAUGUUGUAACGUACACAACUAUAAUUAGUGGACUUAGUAAAGAGGGCUUGUUUGAAGAAACAUUUGUUUUGCUGUCAGAAAUGGAAGUUAAGGGCUGCUUUCCUAAUGCCUUCACUUUUGAAAUAAUUAUUUCUGCUCUCUUUGAAAGAGGUGAGAAUGAUAAAGCAGAGAAACUUCUUCGUGAAAUGAUUGCUAGAGGCCUGCUAUAA